AUGCCAGGUACGGGGACCGAGGGCUUUCACGGUUUCGUGGUAUCAGUGGCGAUCGUGAAAAACCUUCAGAUGCAAAUGCACUCACCCAGUGAAGCUCAGCUCACCGAACGAGCUGAAUCGUUCUGCCGUGCAUUAGAAGGGCGAUGGGCUCUUGGUGACUGCGGCAACUCGGUGAUCGUCUUCGUCUGGGAACACUAUAAGAAGAUGAUAAUCUGGCCAGCUCGGUUGGCUGAGAAGUAUGUGACCAUUGAGGAGCGGAAGAACAUCCUUCAAAAGGUGAACGAACUCGCUCAAACAGACCAGUGGUAUACGGCUCUUUCUGAAGUGAUUGGUAUGUCACUUAUGUGUCAUUCGUAG